GGGCAUGGCUCUCGGCAAGAAGAGACCCGGCGACAUCUUCGGAGGGCCGGCGCUGCCGACGCCGGUCGAAGAGGCGGUGGAGCCGGAGGCCGCCGCGCCCGCGUACAACCCCCUCAUGGACCCCGUGAGGGUGGAGAUCGAGGAGCGGAUAGUGGCAGAGCUCAGCUUGGAGGGUGGCAUGGAGGGCGAGGCCUCCUGCACCGGGCAGUUCCAGGUCACGGUCCUCGACGCCGCCAAGGCCGACCUGGUGAGCUUCAAGCUGAAUCAGCAGAGCCAGGCGUUCAAGUACAAGGUGCACCCAAACUUGAACAAGGCCUCCUACUCCAACAACGCGCUGGAGGUGAGAGACAAUACCAAGGCCUUCCGCGCCAACCAGCCGGCGCCGCUCCUCAAGUGGCAAAUGAAGAGUUCCGACGAGGCUUUCAUCCCAGUCCAGAUCGCAGUCUGGCCCAGCUCCACAGCCGAAGGCACCCAGAUGGUCGUUGAGCUUGAGCUGACGGACACGAACAUAGUGCUCGAGGACGUGGUCAUCAGCUUCCCCGCGCCGGCAAACUCCAGGCCAUCGGUGUCCAGCGCCUCGCCGGGCGAGUUCUCGUACGACGGCCUUCGCGUGCACUGGACGAUCCCGCAGCUCGACUCCAACGAGAGCUCGGGGACCAUGGAGUUCGCGGCCGCUGCGGACCAGGCUUCGCUGGUGCCGGGAGAGUUCACCGCGAAGUGGCGCGGUAAGACGAAGUGCCCGAUGGACAUUUUGGAGUGCUACCACAUGGAGAGAAAAGAUGCGAUCAGCUACGAUUUGACCAAGACUUCAGUUUACCAACUGAAGAUAGGCUGAAGGAAAACAAGAACCUCACCCAGGAUGUGGGGAACAAGAACCGCAUUCAGAAUGUGGCGAAAGAAGACAAGAGAAGCUGAGCACCGAGGAGGGCGGAUGAGGAGGAUCCAAGAGGAGUGAGGAGCGAUAGUGGUCGACCUUGGGCUUGCGCAGGAGACAUGGCGCCGUAUCUAUUCAUAAUGAUUUGUGGUGAACAUGUUGUCCAGCGAUGGGCGCCAGAUUGAAACGUAUCGAAGCAGAUCUAAACAGAUCUACUCGUAUAUAAAAAUGGCCCCGCAUCUAAAAUUCGGAAGAAGACGUACCUCCCGGAGGUCGGAGUGGCGCGCCCAGCGUGCAGGCCGCCCCGUCGCCUCUGGUCCCGCCGGCUGCCGCCGGUCGGAAACCCCCGCGGGGGCCCCCGCCGUGAAGGCCGAAGGAGGAAGUGCAUGAAAAGGAGGAGGACGAGGAUUCUGACGCGGCAGC